AUUGUUGGUGGUAACCAGCAGCUUCUAGUUCGACGAAGGCCACCGUUGACGGCGACCCCGGACUCUUCCCCAGUGAACCCUGCUCAACCGUCCUCCAGCCAUGGCUAUAUAAACAAUGCGCUCUGCAUUGAGAACGGACAGAACGCAGACCUUUCUCUUCUACAAAAGGAUAACCUUCAGAACCUGCAGAACCUGCAGAACUUGCAGAACCUCCAGGAUGGUGGAUUAAGCCAGCUUUUGGAUUAUAACGCCGAGAUGGAACGGUACCGCUCUUUCGCAAACUUUUACAAYACCAACGGCGCGUUUGGCCAGACGGCCAAGAUCGCCCGCAUCACGACACCCAUUUUCCCCAGUGCCCGGAUAGGCAUGUCCCCGUGGAACUGRGAUAACGCCAUGCUCUGGGGGAGGAAAUCGGCGACAAUAAACCCUAAUAGGACCAGCAUGCACAGGAAUGACUCCCAGAGGCCGGGGAAGCAUGGCGUGCCGCCAGAAACGCUACAGCAAAUGGCAAAUAAUAAUUUCCUCUCUACCUUAUCCCCCGAACACUGCAGACCUUUAGCGGGAGAAUGCAUGAACAAGCUGAAAUGCGGCGCCAGCGAAGCAGAGAUAAUGAAUCUCCAGGAACGUGUCGGAACUUUUUCCGCCAUUCCGGCUUUAGGGGGCAUCUCAUUACCUCCCGGGGUCAUCGUCAUGACAGCCCUUCACUCCCCCGCAGCCUCGGCAGCCGUUACAGACAGUGCGUUUCAAAUUGCCAAUCUGGCAGACUGCCCACAGAAUAAUUCCUCGGCGUCCGGCGGGAACCCGGCGAAGAAGAAAAGGAAGCGGUGRGGGGUGUGUGCGCCCUGCCGGCGGCUAAUCAACUGCGGCGUGUGCAGCAGUUGUCGGAACCGUAAAACGGGCCACCAGAUCUGCAAGUUCAGGAAAUGUGAGGAGCUGAAAAAGAAACCCGGCUCYUCGCUGGAGGUAGGUCCGUGUUUUCCUAGACUGGUCCCUGAUCUGUUGACAAAGACCUUAGGCGUUGGCUAUACAGCCUGGGACCAG